AUGGUCCGGAAUGCUAGGGAGAUGAUUCGACGCCGUCGCAAUCCAAAAGCUCUUCCGUUCAACCAAAACACUACAUUUGGCGACCUUCAGAAGUGCUUGCAAGAAAUGAGAGUUCCAAAUCCGCGCGAUAUCCUCUUAGGUGUUCAGUCUCAUAAAGGGAAAAGGGUAGGACGUACCUGCAAGUGGAUAUUAAGACGAGAGGAAUUCUCUGAUUGGUGUGUCGCUAACCAGUCGCGGCUUUUGCGCCUUACUGGGCCCCCUGGAAUUGGGAAGACAAUGAUGUCUAUAUUUCUCAUUGAACUUCUCAAAGGAAAAGUUGAAAAAUCUGACGAUCAAGUCUUGGCGUACUUUUUUUGUGAUGACAAGAUUCAAGAUCGCAAGAUGCCGACUGCAAUCGUCAGGAGCCUGGUUUGGCAGCUGCUGUUACAAAAAAAUGAACUGUUCGAGCACCUGCGACAUGAUUAUGAGAAACAUAAAGAAGGCCGAAUUUUUAUUGACCUCUUUGACAACUUCACUACCCUCUGGCGAAUCUUUGAAGAUAUGUUGAAAGAUGAGCGUGCUGGCGACGUCUUCAUCGUCAUUGAUGCUUUUGACGAGUGUGACAAGUCCACACGCAACCAUCUCCUUUCUGCUCUGAGGGAGAUUUUCCAAUCACCGGGGCAAUACAGAAACAAAGUCAAGUUUUUGAUCACUAGCCGACAGGAAAUCAGUGAUAUCGAAUAUGAGCUCUAUGGAGUUGGAAAGAUUCUAGAAUUUGAUUCAGCAGAGGUCAGUGGAGAUCUUUCCGAGUAUGUUGAUUUCAAAGUUGCAGAACUGGCGAUGAGAAGAAACUACAGCUCGACGUUGAAAUAUGAUGUUGCAAAGGCUCUCAAGAGUCGGGCUGGAGGGACUUUUUUGUGGGUCUCUCUGAUGCUCAGCGAGCUGAAAAACACACCGAACUACGACGUGCCGGACAAACUCAACACUCUACCAGAAGGGCUCGAGGAGACAUACAUCAAAAUUUUGAACGAGAAUAUUCCUCGUGAAAGGUGGGAGGAAGCUCGAUUUCUCUUGCUCAGCAUGGCUACCGCCCAGCGUCCCUUGAAAAAAAGAGAGAUAGCGACGUCUUUUGCUCUUUGGAAGGACGGCCUUGUGAUUACAAGAGUAGAUGUUCAUAAAUACAUGGAUAUUCUUUCUUUAUGUAGCUCCAUUAUCUAUCAAGAUGCUGCGAGCAACCCUGAGGAAAGCACGAUCACCUUCUGCCACCAAUCAUUAAAGGAUUUUCUUCUUGGAGGCAAGAGAGGGUCUUAUGAUGUAUGGUAUCGCACAUCCCCGGAUACAGCAAAUCUUGUCAUGUUUCAGGUGUGCUGGCGCUAUUUGAGUAGCAAUGAGUUUCACAGCGGCCAUUCAAUCAACCUUUACCAGGCUCAUGCAUUCCAAAUUGAUUCCUCAGAUCUAGAUACUAUCUUUCAGGAGCACUGCUUUCUCGAAUACGCAUCUAGCAUGUGGGAGAGCCAUGCGAUCGCGAGUUAUCCGGCAGUGUUAGGUGGAUUAAACAUCGAUGUCUCGGAGGUGCCAUCACUGCGUGAUGCGUGGUUAGUACGAGCGGCGGGAGAAGGCCAGCUAGAAGUCUUUGAGCUUCUAUAUAACAAAAACGCCAAUCCUAACUCAGUGGAUGCACAUAACCAGACGCCUCUAUUGUGGGCUGCAAAAUAUGGGCACAAGGAUGUUGUCCGUCUCAUACUCGCCAAAGAGGACGUCAGUAUCGAUACAAAAAAUGAGUGGGGUCGCACACCAUUUUCAUGGGCAGCUCAUAACGGACACAGUGAAAUAGUCGAGAUGCUGCUCGCGACUGAAAAGAUCGAGGUAAACUCGAGGGAUAGUCUAGGUCGCACACCACUGUGUCGUGCCACCAGAAACGGACAGGAAGCUAUUGUGGCUCGACUUCUUCAAAUUAAGCAAAUUGAGGUCGACACAAUGGAUAGUCUGGGCCGAACACCACUAUCUUUUGCCGCCCAGUGUGGCUACGAGGGUAUCGUGAGGUAUUUUCUUGCAAUAGACAGCGUUGAGGUAGAUUCAAGAGAUCAGCUCGGUCGGACACCGCUUUCUUGGGCGGCUGAGAACGGUCAAUUUAGUGUCGUUGAGUUGCUGCUUUCGACAGCGAGAGCUGACCCCAACAUUAAGGACAAAUUUGGCCAGAUGCCCUCAUGGUGGGCCGCCGAGAGCGGACACAUAUCAGUGGUCCAGCUGCUCCAGGGCCGGUAUAGAACUGGCUCUAUCUCAGAUCUAGUAUUAUCUCAAUCACAAUACUAG